GAAAGCUGACGGGAGGACAUGCAGGCUCGCUACUCCGUGUCCAGUCCCAACUCCCUAGGAGUGGUGCCGUACCUCGGCGGAGAGCAGAGCUACUACCGUGCCGCUGCGGCGGCGGCCGGCGGGGGCUACACGGCCAUGCCGGCCCCGAUGAGCAUGUACUCCCACCCGGCCCACGAGCAGUACCCGGCCGGCAUGGCCCGAGCCUACGGGCCCUACACGCCACCGCCGCAGCCCAAGGAUAUGGUGAAGCCGCCCUACAGCUACAUAGCCCUCAUCACCAUGGCCAUCCAGAACGCUCCCGAUAAGAAGAUCACCUUGAACGGGAUCUACCAGUUCAUCAUGGAGCGGUUCCCUUUCUACCGGGACAACAAGCAGGGCUGGCAGAACAGCAUCCGCCACAACCUCUCCCUCAACGAGUGCUUCGUCAAGGUGCCCCGCGACGACAAGAAGCCCGGCAAGGGCAGCUACUGGACCCUCGACCCCGACUCCUACAACAUGUUCGAGAACGGCAGCUUCCUCCGCCGCCGCCGCCGCUUCAAAAAGAAGGACGCCGUCAAGGACAAGGAGGAGAAGGACCGCCUGCACCUCAAGGACCAUGCCCCGCCGCGCCCGCCGCCGCCCGCCGCCGCCGCCGAGCCCGAGGGCGGCCCCGCCGGGGGCAGCGCCGCGCCGCCGCCGCCGCCCGUCCGCAUCCAGGACAUCAAGACGGAGAACGGCACGGCCUCGCCGCCGCAGGCCGUGUCCCCCCCGGGCGCCGCGCCGCCGCUCGGCGCCGUGCCCAAGAUCGAGAGCCCCGACAGCAGCAGCAGCCUCUCCAGCGGCGGCAGCCCCCGCAGCACCCUCCCCUCCAGCCGCUCCCUCAGCCUGGAGGCCCCCGAGCCCCCGCCGCCCCCGCCGCCGCCCCCGCCGCCGCCCCACCACCACGGCCCGGGCUUCAGCGUGGACAACAUCAUGACCUCGCUGCGGGGCUCGCCGCAGGCCGCCGCCGAGCUGGGCGCCGGCCUCCUGGCCCCCGCCGCCGCCGCCCCGCGCACCGGCAUCCCGCCCGCGCUGUCCCUCGGGGGAUACUCGCCGGGACACAGCUCCGUCUACGGCUCGCCCUGCGGCCAGGCGGCCGCCGGCGCCGCCGCCGGCACCUACCACUGCAACAUGCAGGCCAUGAGCCUGUACGCGGCGGCGGGCGGCGCCGACCGGCCCGGCCACCUGCCCUCCGCGGCCGCCAGCCCCGCCGAGGACCCGCUGCCCGAGUACGCGAUGCCCUCGGGCGGCGGCGGCGGCGGCGGCGGCGGCGGGGCGGGGGGCGGCGGCGGCGGGGCGCUGGGGCACGGCGGGCUGGGCGGCGCGGCGGGCGGCCACCAGGAGGGGCACCACCCGCACCCGCACCAGGGCCGCCUGGCCUCCUGGUACCUCAACCAGGCGGCGGCGGCCGCGGCGGCGGCGGCGGCGGCGGCGGGGGAGCUGGGCCCGCUGGCGGGCGCGGCGGGCUACGCGGGGCCGCAGCAGGGCUUCGCCGCCGCCCCGAGAGAGGUGUUCGAGGCGCCGCGGCUCGGGCUGAGCGCCUCGCCGGGCGGCGGCGGCGGCGGCGGCGGAGGAGGCAGCGGGGCAGGGGGCGGCGGCGGCGGCGGCGGGGCGGGGGGCGGCGGGAGCUGUCAGAUGGCCUUCCCCGGCAGCCAGCCGCUCUACCGCACCUCCGGGGCCUUCGUCUACGACUGCGGCAAGUUCUGAGCGCGCCCCGUCGCGGGGACACCGCGGGAACUCAGCUCCGCUCCGCACCGAGCCGCCGGCCCUCGCAGCGCCCGCGGAGGGAAGCGGGCGCAUCGCGAAAAGCUUUUGUACAGAGACAGCCCCAAAGCAUGUCUUGGUUUGUUAAAGGACAGUGUUACUCCAAUAACACGUAAGUUUUGUUUUUCUAAUUGCUUUGAGAAAUACUUUUUUUUUUUCCCGCCCCCCAUCCCGCGCUCUUCCCCGUCCCUUAAGGUAUUGUCAUGCCCCGUGUUUAAAAGGGAGCGAAAAGUCCAGCGUAGAGUACCAGCUUCUUUCCCCCUCCCCUUCCUCUUCUACAAGGACUUGUUUUAAAAUGUAAAUGGCGACAUAGUAAUUUAUUUUUAAUUUGUAGUUGGAUGUUGCGGACCAAAUGCCAGAAAGUGUUUCCCCCUUUCCUGAAAAGUGACGUUAUAAUUGACUGAAACGCUGAUUUUUUUCACUAUAUAUAAAAAGGGAAACUGUAUUAAUCUUAUUCUAUCAAUAUUUUUCUUUUUUUUUUUUUUUGUUGAAAAUAUUCUGAAGGUAUUGCAUUGUUUGUUUAUUAAUAAAUUACCAUUCAGUUGGAAUGAUCCUUUACAUGUCUGUAUAUUUUAAUGCUUUCAUUUAGAGAGAGAGAGAAAGAAAGAGAGGGAAAAGGGAUUUCAUAACUGACUUUGUCGCUGGAACAGCUUGUUCCCCUCCGCACAAAUUCCAAAGACCAUUUAGGAACUGCCAGGUCGAAAAAUCCCUUUUCAGUCUCUUCUGCAAUAUGUUCCACUUAGUCAGCUCGCCUUAUCCGCUAGGAAAAAAAUACUUUCCCAUGGCAGCUCUGAGUUGGCAAAUAAACAAACACGUUUUCUUAGCAAUUAAUGGCAAGACCUGGAAACAUUUGACCAUACACAGUAGUAUGGCGACAUUAGGUUGUUUUAAAUGAUAUGCCUAUGUAAGGAUAUAUUAAGUGAUAACUCCGAGGUAGAAGUGCAUGCACUAGAUUCCAGACCAUGUGUAACUGUAUAUGUCGAGCUAUCGAUCGCUCUGUGUGUGUUUCGAAUGUAUUUAUAUCUAGGAUUUACAUAUGUACCUAUAUUUAAAGAAGGAUUACGUAUUUAUUUAUAGUUUCAUAUACGUAUUGCAUAUUUUUCUAAACUCCAGUGUAUAGCAGAUGCCAAAUAAUCUGUAGUACGUGUACUCUUAAAUAUAAUGCCAGCAUAUAAAUUACUGCUUCUUAGAAGUGAUAGCAAAGCGUGCAAUCGCAUCAGUGAAGCCGCUUCUGUAACACAUAAAGUUCUAUUUUAUUUCGGGGCCGAGGGGCAAGAGUAGUAGUGUUAAAGGGUACUUGUACAGUCUACCCUUACACCUUUACAGCUCUGCAUUACUCCCGUCCUUCAGGGACUUCACUGGUCCGCACCUCAAUUGCUCGGACAGAUUAUUUUUCAAAUAUUUUGUGGGGGCGAAUUUUUCUUAUAUAGUUGCUUGGGUGCUGUUUUGGUUUGGUUUUUCUUUCUUUUUUCUUUUUUCUUUUUUUUCUUUUUUUCUUUCUUUUUUUUUUUUUUUUUUAUUUCCUCUCCUUACCUUCCUCAGUUUUCCUCAAAUCGGAAAAAAAUAUAUAUAUUACCAGGGUAGCAAAUGAGUGCUGCACAGACUGGCACCUUGUCAGAUCAAGAAUUCUACCUUCUGGAAAAUUUACUAUUAAGAAACUACGGUCAGUGGGGAUCACCUUCCCCUUUUGUAAGUAACCACCAAAAUGCAAUAAAUCCAUUAACUUAAAAGAACCGGCCUUGUCAGUCAGACUUGGAAAUAAGUUUAUUUGAUUACAGACAUUUAAGGCCUAAAAACUGCUUUCAAGAUAAUACAGUUUCCUAUCAGAAUCUCUUAUCUAAAGGCAACACUUAGCAGUAAUUGCUGUUGCAUUGUUAAGGGUUACGCUGUAAAUAAAUACAAAGGUAUUUACAGUUCAACCUUAUUACCUCGCUUUUGAGCUGUGCUUCCUUCCAAAGCAAUAGUCCCAUGUUUAGAAAACACCUCCAGCAGAUGGAAUGAACCGGGGGGAGUGUGUCAUCUUAGAACGCGUGGGCUUAGAACACGUUUAUUUAAGUAUGGCGUAGUCUUUGCUUUUUCGUGCUAGUACCUCUACGAAGAUUACCGGGUGCCUUAUUUACGUUUAUUUGUUUGCUGAGUUGGGUAAGGGAACCUUAAACGCUCCAUCGCUCAGUUGUGGUAAAGCUGAUGAGGAGGACGAGCAAAGCUGAGCGCCUUCGCUCCAGGGACAUAUUUUAAUUUCUGCUCCCCGUUUUUCACCAGUAAAGGGAAACAAAAUGUUACCUAUUCUCGGUGGGGCUCGCUUUCUGCUCCGCAC